GAUACAAGUUAGAAAAUUACCGUGAGAACAUAAAUCUGAUGUACGAUGUAAUACAUUUAAUGUACUAUUUGUACGUUACUUUACGUUAUGAUAUCAGUGUGUUAUUCCUCAUUUAAAACGUACUUUGAUCGAUAUUUAUGUCUCUUUGUAUUUUUAAAUAGUAAUGGAGCAAAAAUAUGGUAUUAAAAGUGAACACCAAUGCCAUUCUGAAGCAUAUUCGAUUAGAACUAUUUCAAAUGAUAAUUUGGAAUUUUGGAUGACGCGACUUCCGGAACCAUUAAAAAAAUUACCUAUUAUAUAUCUCGCUAUACCCGGUUCGCACAAUACGAUGACUUAUACGAUAGAACGACGUAAUGAGGUAGGACCUGAUGAGCCUGCAUACAUCAGAGCAUUGGGUCGUUAUUGUUCUAUUGUUUCAAAGCCUGUCAUUUUUAAUUGGUCUGUUACGCAAAAGAACAAUGUAAGAGAACAAUUAAAUGGUGGAAUAAGAUAUUUGGAUUUACGAGUUGCUACAAAAACAAGGAAUGACAAUAUUUAUUUUCUUCAUGGUUUGUAUGGAUCAGAGGUUACCAAGCCAUUAGAAGAUAUUGUACGUUGGUUAAAUCAUCACGCGAACGAAGUUAUCAUUUUAGAUUUUCAACAUUUUUAUAAUUUUUCGGAUAUGAAUCAUCGUCGUCUCGUUGCGAUAAUAAAUGAUAUUUUUCGUGAGAAAUUAUGUCCAACGUUUUCCUCUUUCGAUCAUAUGUCUUUGUAUUGGCUUGCUUUGAAAAGGUAUCAAGUUUUUGUCAUUUAUAGAAACGUUUACGCGAUGAAUCAUGCGAAUUUGUGGCCAAGCGCUCUCUGGCCAACACCAUGGCCAAAUACCGUACUUGUUGAUCAACUUGUAAAUUUUUUAAACGAUAAACUUCAAAAACGUUCAUCCAAUAUCCCUUUAGUAUCGCAAUGUCUCUUAACUCCUAAUGUAUCAUACGUUAUGAAGCAUCUGUGUGGAAAUUUACAGUCAGAUUUGGCGCCGAUAUGUCAAAAAGUGAUUCUCAAUUGGAUAAGUCAACAUAAAUCUGGAUCUAAUGGUUUAAACAUUGUUAUAACUGAUUUCAUAUCCGAUAAAAAUUAUUUAUUUCCGAAGACAGUAAUUCAAGCUAACCUGAAACUCUUAAAAAAUUUGUAGAUUUAUUUAAGCUUUUAUUAUAAAAGUAGAUUCAAGUUUAUUCAAAGUAAUUUUUAGAAACAUCUUUUAACAAUGGGAGGAUCUUUUAACUUUCUAUGAUAGUAGAAAUCCAUUGGAAAGACAUAUAUUUCAUGUACAUACAUAUUAUUUAUAUAAUUACAAUAUACGAUAUUUACAAUACUUAUAAAAUUCAUUCAUUACUAACAUUAUUAACAUAACAAAUAUGUAAAUAAUGAGCAAGGGAGGAGCAUGAUAUUUCAAGUAUGUUAUAUUAAGUAAUGCAGAGUUAAUUUUUUUAAGUUGUAUAUUAGAACAUGGUAUAACACGAUGGUAGAAAAAGUUACAUAUUUUCUGUAUUUAAGAGUACUUGUUUUUCAGGCAAAACGCAUACACCUCUUUCAUGCACCUUUUAUUCUAUUAAUAAUAUAUGCUUUUAUUUUGAAUUAAUGAAAUGAUUUCCUAAAAUGGUUCAAUGAAAACAGUCUCUUAGUUAUAAUAAAGAUUCAGCCUUAUAGUAAAAACUUGGCUGUAUUAAAUAAAGCAUAUUUUGGGAACAAUAUGCAUAUUCAAAGCAUAGAAUUUUAAUACAGAAUUGUAUUAAAAUUUGUAUAUAUUAAUUUUUUUUAACACUGAUUUCAGCAUGGAAUCAUUGUACAUAAUUUGUUUAAUGAAACUAUAUUUAUCAUAUUAAAGUUGGUUGGCUUUAAUUUUUGAUAUCUACAAAAUAAAUAGAAAUGCAAUCUAUAUUGUAUAUAUGAAGAAUAGAAUAUAAUAUACGAAUGACUAUAUAAGUUGAUAUUAUACUUCUAUUAAUUGACAAAUAUAAACAUGAAUUUGUUUCUUUCUGGCCUUUCAUAGCUAAAAAAUCAUGUAGGUAUAUUUAUAUUGCCUGUAUCGUUAAUAUUGUACUUCACAUAUUAGUUAUAUUCAGAAUAUUUCUAAGAUGUUAUCGAGACAAGAUAUUACUGAUAAUAUAUCAUACUUUAGAUUGUUUUAAAAACAAGUAGCUCAAAAUUAUUUUUUAUUGCAAACAAGAUAAAAGAUGUUUGAUACAUAUAAAUAACAUAAAAAGAAAAAUUAGUAUUUCUUUAUGAAUUUUUGACAAAAUUAAAAUAAUAACUUUGAAUCAUAUGAAUGUCUAAUAUGAAGAGAGAUGCUGUUAUAAAGUUUUUAAACACAAUGCUAAUUAAGCAAAUCAUUUUAACAAUUUACUCACGGCUGUCUAGAACUUUCGUCACAUUCAACAGUGACAUCUGCAUUGGGUCACAAAGCUUUUACUUUAAGUUGUUUCAUUCUUGGUGCACGUUUCUUUGCUAAUCUACGUUGCUCUUUUUCUUCCCACUUUCUUUGCUUAUCAGGAUCUUCUUUUUGGAGAAUUCUUUCUUUUUCAGCUCUCCUACGUUCUUCUCGUUUCUGUGCUGCAGCUUCGGCUCGUGCCGCGUGCGUUGUUUUUAAAAAGGCUUCUUCUACUCUAAGGCGAUUUUUAUCCGCUUUAUUCUUACCCUAUAUAACAGUCAAUAAACUGUUAGUAUAUCAAAUAAAGUUUUUACUUUAAUAAAGGAAAUAAAUAGAAGAAUUGUAAACCUCUUUAGAUAGCUUGAAACGUCGUAAUUUAUCCAAUAUGUAAAAUGUAAGUUGAAGGAGAAGUUUUAGUUUCUCUUGACAUUCUGGGCUAGCAGUACGUCCUUUUAUACUUAUGUUUAAUCCAACUAAUAAUACUUUUUUUACUUCAGGCAUUGUUAAUUGAGUAGUUUCUCUAGUAAUAAUUUAAUUAUUAGUUUAAUAAUAUAUUUAUAAUUUAUUUAUUUACAUUUCAAGAAUUAUUUUGUUGCGUACUUACGUUUGUUGUUUAAGUCCGCUAUAUUGAUCACUAAUGUGUAUAUAAUCUAUAUAUGGUGCAAAUUUGGCAAAAGCUUGUAGAACUCUAGUAUCUAAAAUAACAGAAGCUGUUUCAGCAAUUUCUGGCAUAACAUAAAAGCCUGCUGGAAGUCCAUAUUUUUCUCCAGGUCGUUUAUCAGGGCAGUAAACACUAAUGUCAGCCAUAUCUCUUGCUAAAUGCAUUGCAGUUCGUUUUGUGGCAAUUGCUAAUACAAAAUUAUCAACUUCAUCUUUGGCAAGAUCUACUCUUAUAUGUGCUUGAUCAUUUUGUGGGCGUACUAAUUGAGCUAAUACUGCAAUUAAGUCUUGUCUUUUAAUUAAUUUGAGUUCUAUCAACAUUGAAUCACAGCCAACUCGACCCGAACAAUACAAGGUAUAU